UGAUUAGUUUAAUCAGGAAGCUUCGAGAGGCGCACUAAACCGCGAGCAUUUCUUCUUCGUCUCCCCAAAUUACCUCCUCCCCCUCCUCCUCUUACGUAGGAAACCCAAACCCAAAUUCGCUUCCCCCAAAUCGCUCUUGCGGCGCCGCGGGUCUUCGUCUCCGUCUUCCUCUCCAUCGCCCACGGCGGCAGAUUCAGGUGGUGCGAGGUGCGUCAACCUGAAAUCGAUGGCGGCAGCGGCGCUUGCGGUGACGGACGAGCUGGCGUUGCCGCUCCGCGCGGUGGGGGAUCUGGCGGCCGCCGCGGGGGUCUCGCGGGAGGAGGUGGUCGUCGUCACGCAGUGCGCGUCGCUUGGUGGGAAGUUGCCUUUCGAUGAUGCAUCAGUUGGUUCUGUUCUUGCUGUCAUUAAGAAAGUGGAAAACUUGGGUGAUCAGUUCAUAACUGAAAUUAACCGGGUUCUUAAAGCUGGAGGCAUGGUGCUUGUACAGAGUUCCACGUCUGAUCAGGAUCCCAAUAACCAUAUUGAACGCAAGCUACUGUUAGGAGGAUUUGUUGAAGUGCAAGCUUCUGCGGCAAGCUCACAGGAUAGCGAACAUUCUGUUACUAUUAAGGCAAAGAAGGCCUCUUGGAGCAUGGGUUCUUCCUUCCCCCUCAAGAAAGCUACAAAGGGUCUUCUAAAGAUUCAGAUUGAUGAUGAUUCUGAACUGAUCGAUGAAGACAGCCUCUUGACUGAGGACGAUUUGAAGAAACCAGAACUUCCAGUUGUUGGGGAUUGUGAGGUGGGAGCCACCAGGAAGGCAUGCAAGAACUGUACAUGUGGCAGGGCUGAGGCUGAGGAGAAGGUGGAGAAACUAAAUCUUACAUUGGAACAGAUCAACAACCCUCAAUCAGCUUGUGGCAAUUGUGGGUUGGGAGAUGCAUUUCGAUGUGGUACUUGCCCGUACAAAGGUCUACCACCAUUCAAGCCGGGUGAGAAGAUCUCACUGCCUGGCAACUUCCUUGCGGCUGACAUGUGAUGAUACAAGGGAACAUCAGCGACAGCAGCAGAUAGGAUUUGGCUUCUUCAAUUUGUUCGUUCGUUAGAAUGUUAAAGUUGCUGGUCAAGUAUGGGUGUGAUUGAGGGAAAAAAGAGGACACACCCGUAGUAGUUCCUGCUAAUUAUCACACACUUUCUGGUUCCCAGGUUCAGGUGUGAGUGUGAGUCGCCUAUGCGUUCUGUUUGAGGAUAUGUGUAACUUUUAUGAGAAAAUAUUGCAGUAUUGUUUACUUGUGAAACUGUCAAA